AUGUUAUUAUCAGCGGUUCCAGAUGAGUGGGCAGCGGAGGCAUUUACGAAGGGUCUCAAUCCCCUGAGUUCCGAUGCUUCCCGAAAAUUGAAGGAGAGCUUGCUCGAGUUUCAGGCAACCACAUGGGAAGAUGUUCACAAUCGCUACGAGUCAAAGAUAAGGACAGAAGAUGACCAACUGGGUUCUUCAGCGUCCCUCAAAGGACGAAAUCUCUAUCGGAAUCAGGAUAAACUCAAAAAUGAUUUUGAUGUGGAUCAGAGACCCUCUAGGAGUCAUUUUCAACCUUACGAGAGAGCUGAUGGGUGUGGUAAGAGAUUCCAGUCAUCGAACAUGUUCAUUUUUGAUAGAAGGACAGACCGUGGUCAGAAUAGCAGAUCAUUACAGGAGAAAGAGGCGCCAGGGUCCCGAGAUCCAUCGUCCCCCAGGACUAGGGACUACCAACAUCUCCGAGAAGAGGUGGCGACAUUAUUGAAGAAUGGUCACCUCAGAGAGUUUCUAAGCGACCCCGUCAAGAACAACUAUGGUAGAAAUUGGGAUAAUGCAGAGCCAUCGAAGCCAACAGCAGGGUCCCCUCGGAUGACAAUCAAUAUGAUCUUCGGAGGGGACAAAGUCAAUAGGGUGACAUUUUCAGUAGCAAAGAAGACGAAGAUUUCAGUGACUCAUGGUAAGAGGAUCCGAGAAGUAUCAGAAGAUGACAUCACCUUCACAGAGGAAUAUGCUGAUGGAUUUCUUCUACCACAUAAUGACGAGUUGGUAAUUUCACUUAAUGUUUUAGAUUUCAAAAUUAAACAUGUUUUGGUUGAUCCAGAGAGUUCGACCAAUAUCAUACAAUGGAAAGUUUUGGAGCAAGCGAAGUUAACCGGGAACAUCAUUCCGACAACAAAACUUCUGGCUGGCUUCAACUUAACAAGUGUGACUACUCGAGGAAAACUUUUGCUACACACACAUGUCGAAGGAGUAACAAGGACCACACUAUUCGAAGUGGUAGAUGGAGACAUGAGCUAUAAUGUGAUCCUUAGAAGGCCGGGGAUACACGAGAUGAAGGAUGUGCCCUCGACCUAUCAUCAACUGUUGAAGUUUCCGACACCAGAUGGGAUCAAACAGAUAAGAGGAGACCAACCAGUAGCAAGGGAGAUGAACGUAGUAACCAUUUCCAGCAGCAAGGACAGAAAAACCAGCAAAUAG